GCAUGUGUGUGUAGCUGUCAACAGCUUCUCCACUAUCUGUUCUUGUCUGCCGGUGACCGACCCACAGUGUGGCAUUUUCUUGGCGUCCUGUACGCGGGCUUUGGGUCGAGCCCUUUUCCCCGCGAACCUGAGAGCCGUGGGUCCUAAGACGGGCUGCUUUUGGGUCCCGGCUUUUGCUUCCUUCAGAGAAUCUGGGCUUCCCCCGUUAUGUCAGCCGCCUCUUCCUUUCCCUCAGCCCCAGCUGGGGUGUCAUCCUUUUGCCAGCAAGCUUGGGAGCAGGUCUUUUCCAAGGUGAAGCGGGCUGUCGUUUUCAUGGACUCCGCUUGUGCCGAGAGCCUUCACUGGACGUGGGGAGGAGCUGGGAGGCUGCUGCAAGCCGGGGCUCUCAACGUCAAAGAGUUUUCUAGCUUUGAAUCUGCUGGCGCAGAGCAGCCCAAGGCAGUGUUUCUGGUCAGCACCUUGCUGAAAGGGAGAACUGUGGACAUCAUUCGUGACAUUGUGAGUCUCAGCAACUUCCAGUACACUGUGGUUUUCACAGCUGUCAGCCAUGCAGUGCACCUCCAGGCUCACAAUGCUUCUGGUUGUGCUGAGGCUGAAGGUGGCAGCCAAGUGGUUUUUGAGCAGUUUGAAGAAAAGCUUUGCCAAUGGAUGGGUAACAUGAGCUACACUGCAGAGGUGCAGUAUGCCGCUUUGUUUCUGGCACCUAUCUCACCACACCUCUUCAUGUUACCUGCCUUUUCUUUUCUUUUCCCCAUGAUGGCUCAGGAUUUGGCUCAGAUUAAUAAUGGCAGAUCAGAGAAGAAAAAAUUUGCUAACUUGAGUGACGUUGAUUUUUCCUCUCUGUCUUCGGAGCUGCAGCUUGAGAUCAGGACGUUGGCAUCUGGCUUGAACACCUUAUUUGAGUAUCUAGGUAUGCGAGAGGAAUGUUUUGCUGUUGGGCCACUGAGCAGGAUCAUUGCAGGGGAUCUAGCAAAUUACUCCCAAGCCAAGGCCAGAAGGAAAACUGCCCAGAGUAAAGCCUCAGUUAUUUUUGUGGAUAGGACAUUAGAUUUGACAGGAGCAGUUGGUCAUCAUGGUGACAACUUAGCAGAGAAGAUUCUCUCUGUGCUUCCCAAACUUCCAGGUCAUGCGACUGAUGUAAUGGUCAGCAUGGUGGAACUCACAGCCGUGCAGACUGAUGAUCCACAUUGCAGCAUCAUAGCACCAGGCUCCUUGGCACAACCAGCCGAUCCAGCUGCUAAAGCUCUGUGGGAGUCCUUAAUGAAUCUCAAGCACAAAGAAGCUGUGAUGGAGAUUCGGAGACACCUAGUGGAAGCCGCAAGUAGAGAAAAUUUGCCGAUCAAGAUGAGUAUGGGAAGAGUCACCCCUGAACAGCUCGCCUCAUUCACCCAACUCUUCAAAAAGAAACCUGAAGCUCUGGAGAACCACUGUGGGCUUUUGCAGAUUGCACUAGCCACAGUGCACACACUAAAGCACCCUCAAAACGCCAAAUGGGACAACUUCUUAGCCUUUGAAAGGCUACUCAUGCAGAAUCUUGGGGAAUCAGCCCUGCCUGGUGUCCUGAACCAAUUACUGCCGAUAAUCAAGUCUCAUAACAACAGGACAGAUGAUGACUACACCCCCGAAGACCUCCUUGUCUUGCUGGUGUAUAUUUAUUCCAUAUCUGAAGAAGUUAAUACUGAAAAAGAGUUAGAUGAGGCUGAAGAAAAAGUGAAGGAGUCCCUUGUCCAUUCCAUUUGUGAUGAACCUGAGCUAUCUACCUUGCUGCAGAAAAUAACAGUCUCUCAUCAGAAAGCUUUUUACUGCCCAACAUAA